AUGCUGUCCUUCGAACCUCUGCUUGGUCUCCUGUCCCUGUUGCUGACCCUUGGUGUUCAAGGUGUCGCUGCCAUGCGUGUCUCCACAUACAACCUGCGCUACGAUUCCAUGCCUGACAACAUCACCGUGGCGCAAACGCUCAGCGCGCUCCCGGAUCCCUUGACGCCACCGACAUACUACGGUGCGAAGGGGGAACAGCCCUGGAGUACGAGGCGGGUGAAGGUGUAUGAGCAUCUCAACAGCGCAGGCGUCGUGCUUGCUGGCUUCCAAGAAGCAUUGGUGCGGCAGGUGGAUGAUCUCGCGACGCUCUUCGGUGAUGAAUGGAGUUGGGUUGGUGUUGGACGUGACGAUGGUGUGGCUGCCGGAGAAUUCAGCCCCAUCUUCUACAAGAAGUCCGACAUCGAGCUCAUAUCCAACGAUUCCUUCUGGCUUUCGAACACGCCAUUCGAGCCCUCUAAGUACCCCAAUGCAGGGUCAUUCAGGAUCUGCACGGCUACCCACCUGCUCCUAAAGACUGGCCCCUCCGGCCCGGUCCGCUUCACGUACCUGAACACCCAUCUGGACGACCAAUCCGACGACGAGCGCCGCCUCGCCGCCUCUCUCCUGCUCGUACGCGCACGCUACGAGGCGUACACGACUAAGGGUCCGGUGAUCAUCACCGGGGACUUCAACAGCCCGUCGACGGGCACGGACUCGGGGGCGUAUCAGAUUAUCACUGGGCAAAUCCCUCCUGAGCCAGUAAACGCGACCUUUGCUGCCAAGUACGCCGUCCCGAACGGGACACUCUCAGACUUCACGAUGCUUGACUUGAAGGCGGAGGUUCCGCGCGAAUACGUGUCUGGGGAGUUCGCGACCUACACUGGUUUCGGCGCCCCUGGCGACGCAACGGACUUCACGCGCAUCGACUUCGUGUAUGGUGGGAGUAAUGGGAAGUGGACCGCGACUGGAUAUCACGUCGGAACGUCCCUGACGGACGAUGGAGUCCUUGCAAGUGACCAUCGUCCUGUCUUCGCUGAUAUCACGUUACACUAG